UGCCUCCGUUGGCCACACAGAGAAGAGACAAAAUAUUAGAAAUGGAGCUGCAGUCUGGGUUGAAGAUGUUACGAAGAGUGGAUUUACAGCCUGUGUGGUGGAGUUUGGAGACAGCUCUAACGGUACUAAGGAAGUGGACUGGAUUGCUGUCAAGACCGCACCUUCUGGAUCCCAAAUAGGCACCAAAUCGCUGAGCUCUUGGACAACUGGUACGGAAUGUGAGAGGAUCGAUCUCAAACAGCGUUUUCCAUCUCCUCCAACUAUUUUCGUGACGGCCAAUCACGGUGUUAUCAACAGAACUCAGGAUGCCAUGGCCUUGUGGGUCGAGGAAGUGAAAGUAAACAGCUUUAAGAUUUGCUUGAGGGAAGCGAAGAUUUUCGGCGGUCCACACACGAACCUAAAAGUAAAUUGGAUAGCUUUCAACAACAUCAUCGUGGACAACUUUACCUUGAUCAGCAGUUUGUUAAUUUGCUGCACAAACUCGCCAUCUCCGCAGCAUAAUUACGCCUUUUGUCAAUAUAUAAACUUCACAGAGCCUUUCUACGCUCCACCGGUUGUUUUGGUGACUGCAAAGCGUAGUACUAAAUUUAAUAAUUCUCUUCAAUCCGGGUCCCAAUGCAAUGCUGUCACUGCCUGGGUGGAGCACACAUCUAAAACUGAAGCUCAGAUUUGUAUCAAAACAUUUAACAGCGAUUCCAACAAUAAGGAUGUCAUCACCAUGGAUUACAUGGUGACUGGAGACUUGGAACCUUGUAUUGACGUCGUUUGCCAUUAUCACUGUCUGUGCAAAGCAUUUGGGCCUUAUGAUGCUAGAUGCGUUUCUGUGGAGAGCUGUCCAUCAUACCAAGAACCUAUCUGCUCAUCAAACGGCUCAACAUACGAUAACGAGUGUCUGUUUCGGCAGGAGAUGUGUGUUCUUCGACUUAACUACACUGUACAACACCCUGGUAGCUGUGAAGGAUUUCCUUUUCAACGCGGUCGUCGUCACAUGCCGCACAUCCCAUCGCUUGGAUAUUCUCAUUGCGAAGUCAUUCGCCUCAGGCCGUUUGUGUUCUAUCCUGAUAAGGCCCUCGAAGCUCAGAUCACAGUCAAUCGUAUUGACACCAGUGACAAGUCCUACGUACACGAUGCCGCCGUGUCCUGGGUUGAAAAUGUCAAUUACGAUAGAUUCACCGCAUGUGUGAUGGCAGCUGGUUACAACGAAAGACUCUCGAACGCUAAUGUGACAGUUGAUUGGAUGGCUUACCAGGGGGCACCUGUGGGUGGAGUUGCUGAUGAAGUGCGGUUAUCUCAAUGGUGGACUGGAACGACUUGUAAAUCUGUCAGUUUUCCCUCCUUUUCUGUGAUGCCAUCCGUAUUCGUAACGGCUGCCCAUCAUCAUGCUGGCUUGAGACGUGACGCUGCAAGUGUUUGGGUUGAAGAUAUCACGCAAUCCUCAUUCAAAGUCUGCUUAAGGGAACUUCAGGAUUAUGCAGGAUCUCACGAAGAUGUUCACGUUAAUUGGUUGGCAUUCUCAGUUCUGCACAAGCCUCUUUUCUCUGAACACAAUUCAAUUUAUUUUGCUAAUUCUCAGUCGCCAUCUGUUGAUCACAACGGUGCCUAUUGCAAGGAUGUAUCCUUUACUCAGACGUACAACAGCACCCCAAAUGUGUUCGUCUCCACAAAUCAUUCAACCAGUGGUGGAAAUUUGCAGUCCAUACGUAAUGGAAUAACAGCUUGGGUUGAGUACAUCAAUGCGACAGGAUUCAGAGUUUGUGUAAAUGAGUUGUACGAGGCAAAGUAUGACCCACUUUCAGUGUCAUACACUGUUGUCUCAGGCGAGUAUGCAAUUGGGUCUAGGGUACUGAGGGAUCAGCUUACAUUUUCCCACGAUUACACCGCUAAACGCGUGUUGACUUUGAUUUUUAAUCUGUUUUUUCACGUAGAUAUAUGCGAACCAGGGUGGAGUUACUUCGACGGAUACUGCUACUUCGCAAGCCCUGCAUGUGCAUCAUGGCUUACUGCUGAGUCUAACUGCUCUGCAAUGGGCUCACAGUUGGUGACUGUCCACAACCAGAAAGAAAAUGUAUACGUUCAGCAUCGACAUAACGGAGAGAGAUCCUGGAUUGGACUGAACGAUCGGAGCGUGGAAGGAACAUUCGUUUGGACAAAUAAGGAAAUAAGCAGGUUUAGGUUCUGGGCUCCACAACAACCAAAUGACUGGAGCAACCAAGACUGUGUACACACUCUUGGUGCGAAACAUAGGUACGCUUGGAAUGACGUGCCAUGCAAGAAUUGCUUCAAUUUUACUUGUUUUACAGACUUUAACGAAUGCAGGACAAGCACCCACAGCUGUGACGAUAAUGCAGAAUGCAAGAAUACCGUGGGUUCGUACACAUGUACUUGUAAGGCUGGGCAUUCUGGAGGUGGAAAAUCAUGCAUAGAUAUAGAUGAGUGCUCGUCAAACUCU